AUGUCUCUAGCACAGAAGCACAGGUCUGAUCUCAAUAUUGAUUCCAAUCCGGUGCAAUCGGAGAAUCGGGAUGCUGGCGCGAUGGGCUUACUUGGCGCUGCGUUGACUCCGGUUGACACGGGCACGCUGGUCGUCAAAAAUGAGGGAACUAGUUAUAUUGACAGUGCAAAUUGGCGCGCUAUUCUGGAAGAGAUUAAUGAUGUCAAAGAGUGCAUAGAUGAGGACGGAGAAUAUUCCAACGAUGAAGGCGUCGAGAGUGACCCUUAUGAUGCAUCGUCACCGGUCCUACUGCUUGGCAAUAGUCGUCCGGUGAGCAAAGAGGAGAUGCUUAUGGACAUCCCUCCACGGUCAAUAGCCGACCGCUUGGUCUCUCGGUUCCUCAAGACAUCUGAACCGGCACGAGUGGUUAUCCAUGUCCCCACGUACCAGAAAGAGUACGAGGAGUUCUGGCUACACCCAGCAGAUAAAUCAUUCACUUGGAUUUCCCUCUUAUACUCGAUCAUGGCUUUGUCCGUCUCUCUACAUCAGCGAGGCUCAGAGCCGUCACCUUCUACCAUGGAUGACUCUAUCACUUCAUGGGCCAUAUUCCGGAAAAGGUCAUCGCAGUGUCUUAUCCAAGCAAACUACAUCACCCCAGGGCGAUACAAAGGAGAAGCACUAUUACUCUACUCACUCACCGAGUUCUACCGCACCCGAGAUGCGCAGAUUGGAAUGUCCUAUUUGCUUGGGAUUACUAUUCGCCUGGCUAUGCGCAUGGGCUAUCAUCGUGAUCCGCGUCAUUACCCAAUGUUAUCUGCCAUGGAUGGGGAAAUGCGCCGGCGUCUCUGGGCCCUGCUCGUUCAGCUUGACACCAUAGUCUCAUUCCAAGUCGGUGUCCCUCGAACAAUCCAGCCUUGGCAAUAUGACACAGAGUUACCUUCUAACUUGUGGGACACGGACUUCGAUGAGAGUUCCGUUCAAUUGCCACCCGGGAGGCCAGAUAGUGAAGGAACAGAUUGCUCGUACAUGAGGGCCAAGUCUCACGUUAUGAGUGUCUUUGGUCAAAUAACAGACCUGGCAUUCUCUCAAGAGCGCUCAUCCUACGAUGAGAUCUUGGAAAUUGACCGUCGUUUGGAGACUGCGCAUGAUAUGAUACCCUCGUUCUUGAAAGUUCGACCAAUGACGCAGUGUAUCGCAGACCCAGCAGAAUUGACCACGCGGCGCUUCGCCUUGGAGCUCUUGUAUCAAAUAGCACGUCUUGUCCUACAUCGCCGCUAUAUCGCUGAAACCAAUACCAAAUUUGCUUACUCGCGAUCAAUCUGCCUGGCCGCAGCUCGGCAAGUGCUUCAAUACAACACAGAGAUCUGGACCGAGUUCAUGCCCGGCGGUCAGUUGCACGCAGCGCGAUACUUCCUCAACUCCCUCCAAAAUUCCUUUAUACUCUCGGCAAUGAUUCUUUGCCUCGAGAUGUCCCAGGAUGCAGAUCGUGGUGAUGCUUCACGCCUCGGACCUCGAGAGCGAGCAGACUUCUUGCUUCUUCUGGAAAGUACCCAUCGCAUAUUCAUGGAAUCCCGUCACCGGUCUGUCGACACACAGCGAGCAGUGAAUGCUUUGACUAUCAUGCUCAAACGGGUGAAGAAAGGUGACUCUCAAUCUUCCAGUUCGACUGCUGGGCAAUCAAUGGCGCCCAUGGAUAAUGAUAUCUUAACCCAAUCCACCAGUGCAUCAGUCUUUGAUCAACAAUACUCAACAUACACAUCCAAUAUUAGCGAAUUGCAGUCCGCAAUACCCAACCCCGGCCAGACGGCAUAUAACUCCCUGGGGGUCAUUGAAGACAUGCUUGAUAUACCCGCUCAACUCGACUGGAACCUGUACGACAGUCACAUCUCAGGAGUCGAAAUGGCCACCAAUAACGACAUUUGGUACUCUGGUGGUCCAGCAAUUCCGUAUGAUUUCGGCGCUUAUCCUCCUGGGUCAUCGUCGAUAGAUCAUGAGAGCUAUCAACAAUGA